AUGGGAAGGUCGAGAUUCCCAGGGAAACCACUCAAAUUCCAAAACAGAAAACGUAUUAGUGUUCUAUCGGGAGCUGUUUACCAUGAGACUGCUCCAGAGAAUCACCCGCCAGCGCGCGGCUCUACAGCUAAUGAUUUUGCUGGGGAACAAGAGGAGGAAGAAAAGAAAGAAAACAAUAAUGAGAAGGAGGCCGAUGAAACUAGCCAGAAUAAAGUGACUGAUAUAACAAAGAAUAAAACAGAACACCUAGACAAAAACAACAGCGAUUUGUCUAAAUCCCCAGUAAGAACCAGGUCUCAGAACAAAAUGGAGCCAGUUAAAGGAGAAAAACCUAAACCAGUGAAGAAAACAGUCACUUUUGGCACAGUGGAAAGUUGUGAAGAUAUAUUUUUCCCUCUAAAGAAGAUCCCACUCAAACAUCAUGCUCCCCUUGUGCCCAUUAUUAAGAAAAAGUCAUCUUUGAAACAAACAGAGUACUCUACAUUCAAUAGUAUUCUAAAACCAGCUAAGCUAACAGAUUUAAGCUCAAAAUCUAGUUCAGAACAUCACGAGGGUUAUUUAAGGAAGAAUCUGAAUCCAUUAUCAAAGCCUAUGAACAAAUUUUCUCAAUUUAGUGAAAGCCGUUGCAUGUCACCUCCACCCAGGAAUGCAUCACCGAUUGAGAAAGACAGUGGAAGCUCUACAAAAUUUGUGUUACCUGUCAGAAGUGCUCAUUCAUCAAGAGUCAUCAAGCCAAAUAAGAAGUUCAUUGAUGGUGAGGAACAAACAACCACUAGUAGCACAAUAACAUCAAGUAAAGUACUCAAAAAGCCUAAACUAAAGAGGUUAGUGUUUAACAACUUGCACAAUGAUGAUGACACACCAGAUGAAGAAGACACUGAAAAAAGUAACUUGAAUGAAAAAGCUAAAGAUACUCAAUUACAACCAUUAAAAUCUUCAAAUCUUUUCAAAGACAAAACAUCAAACUCAUUUUCAAGUCUCAGUGUUGGCAAUAGAAAAGUACAUGAUCUGUUCUCAUAUGAGAAAGAACCUUCCCAGGAUGAAAACUCUAAUUUAGAGACUAUUGAAAAAUUAAAAUCUCCUGAACCACCCAAGGAAGAUAGAACAGGUCAUGCAAUGAGGAAACUCAUGGACAUUUCUGAUGCAAGUAGUUCAAGUAGUACUAGCAGUGGAUCUGAGUCUGAGGACAGUUGGGACAGUGCUAGUCCUGCUGGAAGUGGAGAUGAAGAAGAAAAGCCACCUCCCGCCAGUCCAGAGAAAGAUAAAUCAUCUGCAUCUCAAUUGCUCAGAGGAAAAAUAAUUCUUAGAGAAGCAAGAUUACAAUUGAAUCCACCAACCCAGUCCACAUCAGCUUUAGAUGGUCCUUUCUCUACUGUAACAUCUUCAUCCUCUCCAGUUCCCCCAACAACAGUAACAUGUGGAGUUUGUGGUGCUGUAAGGUUUUAUAGAUUUGUUAAGCAGGCAAGAAAAUUUGGAAUAUAUUCAUGUGAAUCAUGCCGCAAGUUUAUAUCUAAGAUGUUGAAGAAAGAAAAGUUAUCACAAAAGUCAGGUCAAGUUGUUAUGCAGUGUUUGAAAGGCGAAGGAAAUUGUCAUGUACCUCCAAUUGUCCGUUCCCAACAAUGGAAGCUACUACGGUGCACUAACAAAGCUCGAUGUCCAGCAUGCUGGCUCAAGAUGUGCCUAAAGGCAUUCCAGGUACCACCUAGCAUAAGAGCUGGCCUCACGGCAAUGUUGCCUCCUUUCAUGAGGUCAGCUGUUAAAACGCCUGGUUGUUUGACACAGGCAAACCCCCUGAGAAUAGCAAGCAACACUACCCCAAAUACACCAGUGUUUGCUAUUACUAAUACAGACAACGAAAAUAGUAAGAUUUUCGGCACUAUUAAGCCAAGUAAGAAGAUUGAGGAAAUUGAAAAAGUAGAGGAAAAGCCUACUAAAGACCGUCCAGUCACUGGUGAAUCUAUCGAAGAAAUUAAUGCUAAUAGAAAACGCCAGUUGACAAGGGUUAAAGUUAGGAAAAAAGAUAAAACUGAUACUAAACAAACAGAGGACCCUAAAAGACAAAAGGUGGAACUCAAAGGACCAAGAGUGAAACAUGUUUGUAGGAGUGCAUCUAUUGUCUUGGGACAGCCCAUUGCUACAUUCCCCACACAAGAUGAGAAAGAAAAGCAGGAGAAGAGUCUUUCCGCUGAAGAUGAGGGUGCUCUGUGUAUUAUGGAGAAAGACAGAGAGACUCCUGACUUGUCCAGCUGUGAAUCUGAGAUAGAUUCUGAGAACAAAGCUCCUCAGAUCAUUUCAGAUGCAAUUGUUUCUAAAGAGAGUGAUGUAGAAGUGCAGGUCGAGCCUAAGAAGAGGAAGAUUGAACAGCCGAUCCCCGUCAAAGCACAAAGCAAAGCUGAAUCUAGUGAAGAUGAGACUGUAAUGGAUCUUGUACCUAAGAAGACAUUCAUGAAGCCUCUUACUAACAUUACUAAUGUUCGAAGUAGGUCUCAGAAAUGUGGACAAAAUAGGCCAGAGCUCAUUUGUGUUGACUUUUGGGAGAGUUACGACCCUGAUGAAGUGUGCAGCUCAGGCUUUGGACUUAUUGGCACCGGCUCAUUCACUGUUGCUAGACUGUGCUUCCUGUGCGGGAGUGCAGGCAAGGAGAAGAUGUUGGUGUGCUGGUCGUGCUGCGAGUGGUACCACGCGUGGUGCGCCGAGGAGGCGGCGGGCGGCGGCGGCUGGACGUGCGCGCGCUGCGUGGCCUGCGCCGCCUGCGCGCGCCCGGCCGCCCGCCUGCGCUGCCGCGCCUGCGCCGCGCACUACCACGCCGCCUGCCUGCCUGCGCCGCCGCCCGACCAUCGCUCCGACUGGCCGCAGAUCUGCAGUGCAUGCCUGAAGUGUAAAAGCUGUGACAGCAGCCGAGUGAGCAAGUUCGUAGGGAGCCUGCCAUUCUGCGGGCCUUGCUUCAAGCUGCGGCAGAAAGGCAACUACUGCCCACUAUGCCAGGCUUGUUACCGAGAUAAUGACUUUGAUAGCAAGAUGAUGGAGUGUGGCUGGUGUGGUAGAUGGGUCCACGCCAGUUGUGAAGGUCUGACAGGUGAAGGAUAUCAGUUACUAUCAGCUUUGCCGCCUUCAAUAGAAUACAUUUGCUGUAAGUGUAUGCCAGUCGAUCCCCCAUGGAGGAAAAUGCUCACUGAACACCUCAAAGGAAGACUCCUACAUCUUCUAAAGUUGCUUGCCAAGAAUAAGAAGGCUUGCGCGUUACUGAAAUUGACACCACAUAAAAAUACGCCAGUACCGAACAAACCUUACCGGCUCAUGUCACCCCAAGCUAUUAGAAAACUUCAGUUUGAUGUCGUCGAUGUUUCCAUAAAGACUUCUGAGACUAAAGUAUACAGAAAUACUGCGAGAGGAAGGCGAAAUAUACCGCAGAACAAAUUCGAUGAGUCCCAUGCGCCACACGCGUGGCAGUGCCCAUCAUUGCUACAAGACGUUGACAUGGAAAAAGAAGAAAUUCCGCACACAUCACACAAAGUUGUAAAUCUGCAAGAGCCACUGAUGCAGAAUAAGGAAAUAUGCUUCUCUACAGGACUAUACGGUACUAAAACUGAAUUUGAAUCAUCAUGUGUUGAGGUCCAUGAAAAUUAUCCUCCACAACCAAAGUCUGAAAAGGCCACUACAAUGUUGCCGACAACAAUACACGACGACAAGUAUGAGGCGAUAUCAGAUGACGAUGAGCCCAUGAAAGGAUUCCCACAAGCUCGUAGCGAGCAGGACUUAAGUCCAGUUGUGUUACGACAAUCUGAUAUGGAUACUACCAGUGAUGACGGCGAUAGAAUCAUUUCACCGUCACUUCUAGACAUCAAGAAAAGAGUAAAUAGUGAUGGAUAUGUAUCACUAAAAGACUUCAACCACGAUAUGAAGGAGGUCAUCCAAAGAACAACAAGUAAUGACCUUACUUCAAUAUACAAGGACUUAUUCUCAGAGACAUUCCCUUGGUUUGACUGUGAAAACAAUUGCUUGCAACCUAACCUGGAAGUAGAAGGCGAACAGGAAGAUUCCGAAUCCAUGAAAGAUCUUGCUAUUGCUGACAGUAAAAUCAAAGCUGCUGUACAAUCUAUUGAACGCCCAAUGGAUCAAAUUGUGCCUAAACUAGAAACUGACAGUGAUAAAUUAGAAGAAGAUCUAUUAGAGUUCUAUCCACUGGUGGACUCCAGAGUGUGUGUACUUUGCAAAGUUGUGGGUGAUGGGUCCCCGGCCAUGGAGGGGCGGUUACUUUAUUGUGGACAAAACGACUGGAUUCAUUCCAACUGUGCACUGUGGUCAGCAGAGGUCUUUGAAGAAAUUGAUGGAUCUUUGCAAAAUGUCCACUCUGCUAUAUCCAGAGGGAAGAUGAUUAAAUGUGCGGCAUGCGAAGUGAAAGGUGCUAGUGUUGGCUGCUGUGCUAAGAACUGUAGUGAGACAUAUCAUUAUACUUGUGCGAGGAAGGCGACCUGUGCAUUCAUGGACGACAAGAGGGUGUUCUGCCCCUCUCAUGGCAAAGACGUGCCUAAAAAGAGUUUACAGAAAGAUGCCGACUUCGAACUCACUAGGCCAGUGUAUGUAGAACUUGACAAGAAGAAGAAACGAUACAGUGAAAUUACCAAAGUGCAAUUUAUACUGGGUUCCCUAACAGUUCAUAGCCUCGGCAAAAUAGUUCCAUCUGUGUCUGACUAUGAAGAGUUUCUAAUGCCUGUAGACUUUUCGUGUACGCGUCUUUUCUGGUCUUGUAAGAAGCCUACUAAAAUUGUAAGAUAUACUAUCAAAACUAAACUAAUACUUGCCGAGCCACUGCCAGGCUUUGACUUUGGUGUGAACAUUACAGUAGACCACACAUUAGAUGUUCAUGUUGUGGAGAGAGUAAUGGCAGAAAUUGGUGCCUGGCAUGAGAGUAUUGAGACUGGCUCUGGCAAGUCUGUUCUUAUGCUUAAAAACGACAAGUCACCAAUCAAGUUUGGUGGUAAUACAGUGACAUUAGAAGAUUUAGCUGUGAAACAAGUUGUGGAAUACUUGCUAGAUAAUGUGUGUAAACAGGAACAACAGGAUGACGAGGAACCACAGAACACUGCUGAUCUUCUCCCACCUGAAGUCAAAGAUGCUAUAUUCGAAGAUCUAAACCAUGAUCUUCUUGAUGGUAUAUCCAUGCAAGACAUAUUCCAAGACCUCAAAAAUGAAUUCUAUUGCGCUAUGGGACAGUCAGAUGACAAAAGUAAUGACAAAUCUGAUUUCCGAUCGACAGAUUUCAUAGAUGAACUCCUUAACUCAAGGUUCGAAACGGGCAGUAAAGAGCUGAAAAGAAGCAAAUCCGAAAUGCUUUUACAGAGCCACAACCUUAAGACCUUGACAACUGGUCGCGGCCAACAAAGAUCUAGUAGUUGGAAUAAUAAGUUUGACACAAGUCUACUGUCUUCUACAAUAAAGAGGUGCAAAAUGGGUAAAACCUCCACAGUGACUGGAAAGCUGAGUCCUGUUCAAAGAGUACCUCUCACAGAGAGUCCAAUGGAUUCGAUAAAAGAGGCUGACAACACAGAUAAGAAAGUGAAAGUAGAAACAUGCACUAGCGGUGCCAUAUGUGAGGAGGCGGCGCAUUCGUCGGGCAUCACGUAUCGUACUACUUCACCUAAACAAAAGGACGACCCUAACAACAGCAAAACAGACAAGAAUGAGGGCUAUUAUACAGACGUCAUAGACUUUUAUACUAAAAUACAAUGUAGCCCCAUUUCUCAGUUAGACGGAGCCGCAGACUGGUCUGGUUCGGAGAGCACGUGCAGUUCCCGGCCAGGCAGUCCUCGAGACAACGAUAAUGAUUUUACGCCAAUACAGCAACUAGAUGGCGCUGAAGACAACCACCAUGGAAAUGACAACAUGCAAAGAGGACAGACCAAUCAGUUUAUGUACCGAGCUAGUGGAACUGAGAGCUAUACUGUGACAUUUGCUGGCAACUCUAUAAGUGGUCAACCAGAGCUUGUGAUGAGGCCAUUGGAUGAUGGCUCGGGUAACUCCAAUCAUAUUGAACAGCCAGUAAGAUGUGACAGGUGCCAAUGUACUUACAGGAACAAGGAGUCGUACGACAGACAUGUCCCGUCGUGUGAUAUGAUGUCCACAAGCGAAAGUGAGAGUGAAAAUCCUAAAUCGCCCGAGAAUAGAACAUUGACGACCUUACAGAAUGCAUUCCAAGGCGCUUUCGCACAACCUAUGAUAAUACACACAGGUGUUGUCAGUGGUACUGAAAAUACUGUUAAAGCCGAAGGCAUUGCAGCUAGAAGAACUUCUAUCAAUACCAGGCAGAUCACAAUCAAUGGAACCAUUGUGGAAACCCCAUCUCCAGGCCCUUCCAAUGAAAUGACUAUGACAAUAACAGAACAGAUGAAAUCUGGAACAGUGAUUUUCGAUCAAAGUAAAACGACCAAUGUCCAAGUAUCUACGAACCAACAAAUGAUGUCUUCACCACAAAUAGUUGUGACACCACAGAUGCUACUCCCUCCUAAGACGAGUUCUGCAGGCGGCCAGAAGAUAAUGACGCCACAAAUCAUUACACAACCUAACAUCCUGCCCUAUAAUAUCUGCGUGAAACCAGGCACUGGAAACGCUAAUAUACAGCAAAUACAAGGCAAUGAUAUGACACAGCUGCUAUCAGGACCAGGUGGAAUACAAGUUAUAUCAUCCAACUCCAACCAGGUCCUAACUAUACCUCAGAAUCAACAAGGCGGUAUGAUCCAAGGACAGAUGAUUCAAGGCAAAAACCAUGUAGCCAACUUCCCUAAUAUGGCAAGUGCAUCGUCAAUUGCACUACCAGUGAACUCCAUACAGGGAAUACCAAAUACGUCUAUUAUACAAAACAUUCAACCAAUGAUUCGACCUCAGAUACAAGGCAAUCCUACUAUCGUUGUUCCUGCAAUGACAGCGCAGAGGCUACAAUCGCCAAAUUCUCAAACCAAACAACAAUUGAUAUUACCAGGAAACACGCAGAAGUCUCCCAAAAAGCAACCAACGCAGGUUCAACCAAAACCAAUGUUCCAAACAACAAAUCGUGGUAGAGGACGUCCAAUUCCUAAACCCACCACUAUCAAAAGACAAACGAAAAUGGAGAAGACUUAUACUACUAUCAACCAGACUCCCCUUGGUCCUGGUAAUACUGUCAUACAGCUGCAAACAAAUAACCAGACAGGCCAACCUUCGAUCAUAGUGCAGCCAGUCUCGAACCAGAACAUAAUGUCUGCCUAUGUAGAGGCAUUAUCUCAACAACAGAAUCAAAACAUGCAGUACAUCGCUACCAUUGCUCCACAAGGAGACUUCAAAACUGGACCUACCCAGUUUAUUUCCCAGAGUGGCUUAGUGCCGCAAACAUUCCAAAUACAACAGACAGAAUCAGGAGGUUUGGUCGCUGUUCCGAGCGGUGGCAUACCUGUAUUGUUACCGCAAGGAAACGUUGGAAUAUUGCCUCAAGCUCUUCAACAAGGAGCUACAAUUUUACCUCAGGGUGCAAUCCAAACACAAGGCAUUAUAUCUCAGGGUCCCAACGGACCCACGAUUCUUCCACAAGCGAUACAUACGCAAAAUGGAACUACCAUCAUUCCACAAGGAACAAUACAAGGAUUGACAAAUGGAAAUAUUACGUCACAGGCCACUCUGCUGCCGAAUAACACAUUACAAACGGCGGGAGCAACGGUUGUGCCACAAAGUGGUAUUAGCAAUGGUCAAACAACGAUCAUACCGAAUACACUACAAACACAGGGCAAUACACUGAUCUCUUCAGGCCCAGGGGGUACGACAAUCUUACCACAAGGCACUUUAUUACCACAAUUUUGCAAUGACCAAGUACUACUAGGCUCCACGCCUACAUUAGAAAUGGUGACAGAUCCGUCUGGCUGCAUGUACUUAACGACGACACAACCUGUAUACUACGGACUAGAGACUAUUGUCCAGAAUACAGUGAUGUCGUCACAGCAAUUUGUAUCAACAGCUAUGCAAGGAGUGCUAGCACAAAACAGUAGUUUCUCAGCUACAACUACACAGGUGUUCCAAGCAAGCAAGAUAGAACCGAUCGUAGAAGUGCCCACAGGAUAUGUUGUGGUGAACAAUGUAGGGGACAGCGUCGCUGUAUCGUCGACACCAAACGUGGUUACUGCGCAAACAGUACAAUCAUCGCCACAAUCCAUUAAGAAUGUUAAAGCAAACGUUCCUAACCUGACGUUGCAACCGCUGCCUGAUAAGUCAAGCAAUAACAACCGACAGACACCUAAAGUAAUACAAAUGAGCCCUGCGCCGCUAACAGUUGGCUCUCAAUCAGGUCCAACUAUUAUCUCUGGCCGUCAAAGCAUAAACCCUAUUACUUCACAAAUUCACGGCAUGACUAUUUCUAGCUCGCCACAGAAUAUUCAACGAGGAAAUAUACCUAAACCCAGUGUUGUGUCGAUGUCUCCAAAUGUAACACUCGUCUCAUCGACCGGACAGCCUGUCAUGGCAAUCUCUCAAUCGGUGCCAGCAACAUCGUUCCCUAUGCAGUCAAUACCGUUGACGCAGCCCAUUGUUUCGAGCUCUAUUGCGCCACCAGCUAAGACCAAUUACAAGAUUGAGAACUCUCAUGUAAUUGAAAUCAGUGGUGGCAAUCUGCAUGAUAAUUCAAACAAUGCAAAUAUGCCUACUAUCAGUGUGACACAAAGCAUAAAAUCGCCUACACCAUGGAGGCAAAUUAAUCAGCCCAUCAAUACCAGUAUGGAUAACAAAAUAGAACAUCAAAAUAUAACUGUGAAGCCGAGUUCCGUCAAUACCAGUUCAAUGAAUAUCCAGAGCAAUGUAAUGGCCGGAAGGUCGCAUUUGAACAAUGAUCAUGACAAGGGCAACCAGAACUGUUUGAUACAAAUGCCCAACAGCUCGAUGUCGACCAUGAAUAUGCAUUCUCACCAAUUCGAGCAGAGCCUCAAUGUGAGCCAUCAUUCAACAUCACACACCACAUCAAACAAUGUUAUUCAGAUUACUGCUGGAAACAUCUACCCACCUUCUUCAGCAAUGAACAGUAACUUUGAUGCAGAUACUUCAUUAAAGUUGAGCAAAAUCAAUGCUCUAUCGAAAACUGAAGGUGGCCAUUUGAAUUUCUCACAAGAGAUAAUGGCUUCGCAUUCACAACAACAUGCUAACAAUGACAAAACUUUCCAAAACAUGGGACCUGUGGAAAACAAGCAUAACACCGAUAAUUUGUCCAGUCAGAUGAACACUCAUAAGCUGAGUAACUGCCAGAUGAGCAGCAAUAUCAACAACUCGCCUGCAAUUAGCAUCAUUCCUCAUAAUGUAAUGCGACCGCAGCUACAGACCAAUCAGAAUACUAUCUCUGUACCUAAUAAUCAAAACCAAAUGUGCUCGUUAUCUAAUAAUAGUUCUCAUGGACAAGUGCAAAUAUUGAAUUCCGGCAAUAACUCACUGCAAAAUAUGAAUAUGUCGUGUCAAGAAACAACUAAUAGUAGAAUGAACAUCUCAGCGUCUAGCGACAACAGUAUGCAGUCCAACCAGCAACAUGACAUGUCUAGUUCUAUGAAUACGUCGAACAUGUCUCACAGUAACAAUAUGCCGAUGAUGUCGCAUGAUAAUAAUCAAAUCCCAGCCCCCAACCAGAUCCACAUAAUGAAUGGACAAAUUCAACAUAACCGCCAAGUUGAGAAUAACCAAUUACAACCGAUUAAUCAACAAACUCCAACUAGGAACUUCCACGAAAAUAUGAUGAGUCAACAACAAAGUCAUAAUCAGACAAAUAUGCUUUCCAACCGGAGCACUCCUGACAACACCAACAUUAUGAAUCAGUCAAUGAACAUGCAUAAUUUGGGAGCCAACAGCCACAAUAUAAAUCGGUCUGAUUUGGGCGAUCUCAACCAUAUGCACAUGCAACAAACAAUGACAAGCAUGAACAUGCAAAAUAAUCGAAUGAUGAUUGACAACAUGCAAUCUCAUAGUAUGGGUAACAUGAGUCAUAAUAUGCAUUCCAACAGAUCUAUGGAUAAUAUGCACAAUACCCAAAUGCAUAACAUGCAGCAGAUGAAUCAUCACACGCCGAAUAACUCUCGAGGACAAAUCGACAAUACCAUGCAUGUUAACCAGCAAAUGUCCAUGCAACAGAACAGGCAAAUGGACAAUGUUGGUCUUCAUCACCAACACCAGAUGUCUAAUGUGAUGCAGAUCCAAAAUAAUCGACCCCAUGUUGACAGCAAUAUGAUGAAUAUGCAUCAACAUGUACCAAACCAAAUGCAUAACCGACAGCAGAUGGACAAUAACAAUAUACAUAUGCAUCAUAUGUCGGGAAAUGCCCCAAAUAUUAAUUUAGCCAGCCAGAUGGAUAACUCUGGCUCUAUGCCAAAUAUUCACGGGAAUAGAUACGACAGUAACUCAAUGAACAUGCAAAAUAUGAAUGCUAUGAAUCAAAUACAGAACAACAGGAGUUCCAUGGAACAUUCUUCAAUGAUGCAACACCAAAUGAACACUAUGAACAAUAUGAGCAUGCACUCCAACCUCAACAGUACAAUGCAAAUUGUCAAUACUAAUCAUCAAUCAAUGAACAGCUCAAUGAUGCACAUGCCGAACAUUCCUGAUAUAAAGAAUGACAUACAAAGCUCUUGCAGUGGGAGCUGUUCCAAUAAUAGCACGCCGUUCCCCAACAAUCAAAACACAAUGGAGAUAUGCCCCAAUAUGAAUAUGAAUACCAACCAAACUAACAUGAGUAUGGGCACAGGAAACAUGCUCCAUGGCAUGAAUGUUAACAACUCGAACAUGUCGAACAAUAUGAUGAUGAACAAUGUAAACAACAGCAAUAUGUAUGGACCAGGCAGUCAGAACAAUAUGACUGGCCACGACAUGUUAAUGAGUUGCUCCAACUCUACUGAUCACAAUGUGAACAAUCUCAUGUCGGGAACUUCUAACCACAUGAUGUUAAAUAAUUCCCAAAAUCACACUGCUAAUAACCAGAAUCAAAUGAUCAGCAACCAAGUAGCUAAUACUUCUCAAAUGAAUAUCAGUAGUUGCAGCAUGAGCACCAACAAUACAUCACAAAGUCAAAGUAUUACUAAUAUGGAUAACCAAAUGAACCGAAACACUAUCCCAGUGCCAGACCCGCCUAAGUUUGCACAAGACACUCUACGAGGUAAAAAUUUAAUGGGUCCUCCUCCAACUAACAACUUAUCCAUGCCAAAUAUACCAAAUAACAAAGACUGUUCUAAAGUAAAUAUGGUUAAUAAUGAAAAGCAAAACCAUACGAUAUCUGUAAGCAACCAACUUGGAUAUUUGCAAAUGAACCCUCAAAAUAACAACAGAGUUAUCAAUUUACCUGAGAGGAACAGAAUGAACAAUGCAAAUCUGGAGAGCAACAUUAAUCAGCAUGUGCCACAACAACAUAACAUACGUGUGGUCACCAAUAACACCAACGCCAACGUCGCUGGUAUUUCGACUGAUCCUCUCGCUUUCCAACCAAGUAACGACAGCAGCAGUACCAUGAUCAAUGUACCAUUCCAGGCUAUACCUAAUAGUGCUCCUAUGAACAUUAACGUAAACUCGAGCAACAACACCGUUAAUAUCACGGUCCAGAACAAUCUGGUAGAUCCCAAAAUCGCUUCUAAAGCUGCAGCUGACAUAAACUUCCCUCUGCAGGCAAAUACCAACUUACUGCAAAAUCAAAAUAACGCUAAUAAUCUGAUGUGUAUGCCUGUGGCGAACAAUACCAUCAAUUUGCCGACACAGAAUAGUUCCAGCAUAUCAUUACCAAAAGCACCUCCUACUCAGCAAUCGGGCAUUCCUACUAACGUCGUCAACCCAAUGUCUAUGAGACCUAUGAACAGAGUACUGCCUCUGCAUAGAGAUGGACAAAGCAAGUCAUCUACAAAGACCACCAAAACUGUUGCAGUGCCCAAACAGAGGCCGGUGAGUCACGAUAUGCCAGAUUUGAAUAUAAAAGAUGACACUAUUGAUAGCGAUCUAGAAAAGGCGAUUGAAGAAUCAAAGCGUAUGAUGGAACUGGAAAAAGCCAAGAAAGAAAAAGAAGAAAGGGAAGCUGCUCAGGCCUUGCAGUUAUCGGCCGAAAUACACCAGGCCAAUACAAGUACUGCCACCACGAGCAUGGAUACUGGUAGAAUCAUUGAGGCCACUGAAACCAGCUCUAAGAUGUCUUUACCGAAUUUGGAUGCAGAGAUGAUCGAUGUCGAACCACCUAAAGUGCUUACAGAAAAAGAUACUAACAGGACUCCAGCUGCACCAAAAAUACCCAGUGCUUCCAGUAAAGUUAUGAAGAGACCUUUGGGAGACAGGAAAACCGAUGUAGAACCAGUUGCGACUAAGAAGCAGAAUAAAAUAUCGAAGGAGAAUAAACCCACCACACCUAAGCCUGCUCCUGAGCCAGCGAAGGAUGAUGGGCCUAAACUAAUUUAUGAAGUAACAUCAGAAGACGGCUUCAACUACACCUCUUCUUCGCUGACUGACUUGUGGGCAAAAGUUGUGGAGGCUGUACAAAAUGCCCGAAAGCAGUCGGGAAUGCCACCGAUCCAGUACAACCUGCCUGCUAGUCUAUCAGGGGCACAUAUCCUGGGACUAAACAACAAUGCAUUGAGAUAUCUUGUCGAACAACUACCUGGGGCAAGCCGCUGCACCAAAUACAAGAUGCGUCAAGGACGUCAGUUGAGCAGCUGGGACAAUGACUUGGACCUGAGCGAGGGCUUCAAAGAAAGUCCGUGGGGUAGCGCUCGUACCGGACCAAUCGCUAGGAAACAAAAUCACGACAUGUUCAGUUGGAUGGCGUCACCUUUCAGGGAAGAGCCACCACCGUUUGGAGGCCAGGAAGGAGAGAGCUCGAUUUCUAGGCGCCUUGCAACUUUACCACCGGCUAUGAGAUUCAGACAACUGAAAGAGACAUCUAAAGCAUCCGUAGGCGUGUACAGAUCACAUAUUCAUGGACGCGGAUUAUUCUGUAAACGAGAUAUUGAAGAAGGUGAUAUGGUAAUAGAAUACGCGGGCGAAGUGAUCCGCGCAGUAUUGGCGGAUCAGAGAGAGAAGCGAUAUGAAGCUAUGAGCGGGCGACGCGGAGUCGGCGGCUGCUACAUGUUCCGUAUCGACGACAAUUUGGUGGUGGACGCCACGCUCAAGGGCAACGCAGCGAGGUUCAUCAACCACUCCUGUGAUCCUAAUUGUUAUUCGCGCGUUGUGGACAUCCAUGGACACAAACACAUCCUGAUCUUUGCCCUGCGCCGUAUUACCAUCGGGGAGGAGCUCACCUACGACUACAAGUUCCCCUUCGAAGAGGUCAAGAUACCGUGCACUUGCGGUGCUAAGAAGUGCCGCAAGUACCUUAACUAA